AUGCUAAACGAGGACACUAAUUACCACGAAAUUUACUUUUCAAUAAAAAGUCCUACGUUCCGGGUCUGUUUCCUGGAGGUAGCAUUUUCGGCAGUUGUGAACACGUGGACCAAAAUGAACGAUAAAAAUAGUUACUUUUCGCCCAUCAAAAUGCCAAAGAAACGCAGAAACGGAGGAAGGUCCAAGCACAACCGAGGCCACGUGAACCCCUUGAGGUGUUCCAACUGUGGAAGGUGUGUUCCCAAGGACAAGGCCAUUAAAAGAUUCAACAUUAGGAAUAUCGUCGACACGUCCGCUCAGAGAGAUAUAAAGGAGGCCUCAGUUUACUCCACAUUUCAGUUACCGAAAUUGUACAUCAAGCAGUGCUAUUGCGUUUCAUGCGCCAUUCACUCGCGUUUUGUGAGAGUUAGAUCGAGAGAACAAAGAAGAGUACGAAAGGAAACAUCCAAGCAUGUCAACCCAUCGCAGUUGUAG